AUGCGCCAACUGAAACUGUGCCAAUUAGGAUUGUUCCUCUGUUCAUCUGGGCUUCCUGCAGUUGUUGAUGUAGCUGCAACUAUUAAAGCUGGAAUAUGGAUUCGUAUGAUGAUAAAUAACCUCAUGUCAAACACACAACCACUCUUCAUGGGUAUGUUCAUUUCAAAUACCGAUUUUGGAAGGGGUGCUGAUGCAAAUAUUCUACCUAGAAGGUGUUUAUUGGUUUCUCUUUCUGUCUUCAUUCGUUAA